AUGGUGUAUGGUUUUUGUAUCAUGAAUAAAUGCAACAUUACACAAAAUAGAGUUGCAAAAGAUGUUGGAGGUUAUUUAGUUGGAGAUAUUACCUCUGAUUCAUACAUCACUUGUGUCAAUGUUGUUGAAAACAAUCAAUCAUCAGGUAAUUUUAAUAUCCACACAACUCGUUAUGAUUAUUCAUCAAUAUUUAAAGUUACUUCAUGUAAUUAUUUAAGAAAUAAAAGUCCAAAUGAAGGUUAUCUGAUUACUUCUUAUUCUAAUGUUUUCAUGAAUUAUUGUUGUAUUCGUCAAAAUGAAAUUAAAUACAUUUUUAAGGCAUCUCCAACAAUAACAUUUGAAAACUCAACUACAGAUAGCAUGAACUCAACAUUUACACCACCAACAUUUAAGAACACAGAUAUUCCAUUUGAAAUUUCGUGUCCAUUAUUAAACUCCAUUCCAACCAAAUUUAAAUUUAAAAUCAACCAAAAAGAAAAUGAUGAAGAAAAUAAUAAUUUCAUUAAGAUCUAUUUUAAAAUAAUCUUGAAAUUAAAAUAUUUAAUUUCUCUUCCAUCUUCAAUUUUAUAA